AUGACCGACGCGGACCUUCUCGCCUCGUCAUACGCCCGCCUCAGGGCAUCUCUCUCCUCCCGGAGGGAUGACACUCUGCCCUCGGCCGCCCUCCUCUCCGCAGCGGAAUCAUCCCUUCCCCGCCCCGACCACCUAGGCUACCUUUUGCCCCGCGGGGCCGAGAAAACCCUGGACCAUCUCCAUGAGGCCAUCGUCCCAGCCCUCAACGGCCAGAACCUUUCCGGGCGGUACCUCGGCUUCGUCACGGGCUCUACCCUGCCCGUCGCCGAGGCCGCCGACAACAUCGUCUCGGCUCUCGACCAGAACGUCCAGGUUCACCUGCCCGACCAGACUGUCUGCACGGCUGUCGAGGAUGCUGCCACCGGCAUGCUGGCCAGCCUCGUCGGACUUGACCCAGCCGUCUGGAACGGCCGGACCUUCACGACGGGCGCGACGGCGAGCAACGUACUGGGCCUUGCGUGCGGGCGUGAAUUCGUCAUCGCUGCCAAGAAGGCCGGUGCGUCGGUCGCAGAGCUAGGACUGCUAGGCGCGUGCGGGCUAGCGGGGGUGCGCGAGGUGCGCGUCUUGACGAGCAUGGCGCAUAGCUCGUUGUUCAAGGCGGCGGCGGUACUGGGCAUCGGGCGGGCGUCGGUGCGGCAGUUGCCGGUCAGCGAAGCGGAACCGUGGCGGCUGGACCUGAGUGCCGUGGAGGCGGCGCUGAAGGACGAGGGAGUCGUGAGUAUCAUUGCGAUCAGCGCGGGGGAGGUAAAUACUGGCCGGUUUGCCACUGUUAGCAUGGAGGAGAUGAGCAGGGUGAGGAAGCUGGCUGAUCGGUAUGGCGCGUGGAUCCACGUCGACGGCGCCUUUGGGGUCUUUGCACGAGUUCUGCCCGACACGGAAGAGUUUGCCCGGGUGCGCCAGUUUGCAGAUGGCAUGCAUCUGGCGGAUAGCAUCACAGCCGACGGGCACAAGCUGCUCAAUGUGCCCUACGAUAACGGCAUCUUCCUCUGCAGGCACAAGUCUAUGCAACACGCUGUCUUUCAGAACCCCAACGCUGCCUACCUGGCCUCGGGCGGCGCCUCGGCCAUCCCGAGCCCGCUCAAUAUGGGCAUCGAGAACUCGCGGCGCUUCCGCGCCCUACCCGCCUACGCCGUCCUGCUGUCCGAAGGCCGCAACGGCAUCGCCGACAUGUUUGCGCGCAUGGUGCGCUUCGCGCGCCGAGUGGCGGGGUACAUUCGGGACUCGGAGGCUUACGAGCUGCUCCCGGACGGCGACGCUACUGCCGCCGAGUUUGGGCUGGAGGCGGUGCAUAUCAUUGUGCUGUUCCGGGCGAGGGACGAGAGGCUGAAUGAGGAGCUGGUGGGGAGGGUGAAUGGCACGAGGAAGAUGUAUGUCAGCGGCACGAGCUGGGCUGGGAAGAAGGCUUGUCGGAUUGCGGUGAGUAGUUGGAGGGUGGAUGUCGAGAAGGACUUUGAGGUUGUGCGGGAGGUUCUUGAGAGUGUUGCGAGGAGGUGA